CACACUUCUACGACUUAAGUUGUGAUCAAUCUUAAUUUUUAGAAGCCUCCUUUUGAUAUCUCCAUCUCCCUCUGGUCCGUUCCUUCACUCUGCUCUCAAUUCUAUCAUCUCAUCAGGUUCAGAUCAAAGCUUAGACAAAACCAUGGCUGAAAAGAAAGUCACAACAAUGGUGAUCAAGGUUGACCUUGAAUGUGAGAAAUGCCACAAGAAAAUCAAGAAAGUACUGUGUAGAAUCCCUCAAAUUCAGAACCAGAUAUAUGACAAGAAGGCAGGCACAGUGACCAUCACUGUGGUAUGUUGCAGUCCUGAAAAGAUCAAGGAAAAGAUAAUAUGUAAGGGAGGUGAAGCUGUCAAGAGCAUUGAGAUCAAGGUUCCAGAGAAACCCAAAGCACCAGAUCCGAAGAAGGACGGAGAAAAGAAGAAGGACGAAAAACCGCCCAAAGCACCGGAGAAAAGCAAACAACCGGACAAGACAGCAGAACCAGUUGAUGGCAAUGGCAAGCCCAAAGGACCAGACAAGCCGAAAGCGCUUAUUGUUGAACCAGUCCACCCAAUGACAUGUUGUGCUGAAUGCUACCAAGGGAUUAGUGGAGGCCCAUGUUAUCAUGACUAUGGUAGGCCGGCACCCCCAAGUUAUGUAAUUUAUGGAAGGCCAGUGCAUGAUAGUUGGGGUGGCAGCGGCGGCUGUGGUUGCCAAAGAAGCAGUUCCUAUGCGUGCAGAUGUGAAUAUGUUUGUGAAGAUAAUCCCUCGUCAUGCACAAUCAUGUGAAAGCAUCAAGAAUGUCGAUGCUUUAAGCCGAUCUCCACCAAAAAUCACUGGAUUUGGACAGUAGUAUGGUGUCGAUAUGAUCAAAUAAAACAAUAGCAUUACUCAUGCUCAUGUCAUAACCUUGUCUAGCUAGCUAAUUGUCUAUGUAGAAAUGUUGGGGUCAGUUUUGGCUGCAUAUUGGGUCUUCUUCCUUCGUUAUAAAGAUUUUAUGUGAUACAAUAAGGUUGGUGAUCA